GUGAAUGCAAACUUAAGACUUAGGAUAUUUAAUAAAUGCUUUAUAAUUAACUUAUGGAACUUCAUAAGAGAGUGUAAACAAUGGAGAGGCUCUACUUAAAUAAGCAUCUUUACAACCAUUGUAAUUAAAAUCCUCCAAAUAUUUAGAUAUGCCAUUUCAUUAUUAAGGAUAGUGGAUGAUUAAACAUAACCAGAAUUAUUAAGACAAAGUGCUGUUGUCAAUUUGAAAACAUUUUUAGAAAAACAUUGGGCUGAUAAGAAAGAACCAGGCCAUUUUAUUAUUAAUGUAGAAGAAAAAAGUGUGAUUAGAGCAACUAUUAUUGAUGCUUUAGCAAGGUUGUUAAAUAAUUUAAUGUAGAUGUAUCCAAGUCAAGAAAUUAAGAUCAUAAUAUGAAGAUUUGAUAUACAAAUUGGUAGCUAUUGAUUUUCCUAAUGAUUGGCCAUAAUUAGUGCAAUAAUUAGUAAUUAAAUUAUAAAACUUUACUUCAUAUGAAGAUCUAUGGAGUGCAUUGCUUACAUUAAGACGUACAUGUGAAGUCCAUUAAUUUUUAUUGGAAAAUGAUCGUAAACCAUUAGAACCAUUAGUUGCUUCAACAUUUCCAAUUUUGGAGACUCUUAUACAAAAAUUCUUAGAGGGAUAUAAUGAAUAAAGUGGAUAAUUAGUAAAAGUGAUUUUAAAGAUAUUCCAUCAUGCUACUCAUUUAGUAAUGCCAAUAUAUAUGAGAGAUUACAAUGCAGUAGCUAAAUGGAUGCUUUAUUUUAAGACCAUAAUAUAAGCACCUCCACCUCCAGAAUUAUCAACUUUAACUUAAGAUUCUGAAGAAGAAACAAGAAGAGAAAAAACAUAUAUAUGGACAAAUAAGAAAUGGGCUAGCAGAAUCAUAUUAAGAUUCAUUUAGAAAUUUGCAAAUAAAAAAAUGGUUGAACCAAAUAUGGCUGAAUUUGCAGAGCAUAUUAAAUCAACUUAUGCUAUAGGAUUUAUGGAAAUAUUUUAUAAGAUUUUAACUGAUAAUACUUAAUUCUAAGGACCUAGAACUUGUUUGUUUGCACUUAAAUAUUUAUUCUACUCAUUAAAAUUAGACAAUACUAAAGAAUUACUCAAACCUCAUUAUGAUAAACUUAUUUAUCAUGUUGCUAUUCCAAAAAUGUAAUUGACUCCAAGAGAUGAUUUAUUAUGGAAAAAUGAUCCUGAAGAAUAUAUCAAAAGAUUAGAUGAUUUUUCUCUUUCAACUUACAAUAUUAAGAAUCCAGCCAAUGAUAUUCUUUAAGAAGUUUGUUAAUAAAAAGAUGUGAAUGGUAAUUUGAUGUUGAUUUCAUUUCUUAAUUAUUGUUAAACAGCAUUUAGUACAAAUAUUGAUCCAUUAACUAAUUAGCCUUUAGAUCUUCUUAAAAAAGAAGCAUUAUUAUGGGGUAUUGAAAGUUUGGUACACUAAAUUUCAAAAAUCAACUCAAUUCAAGGUGGUUUAGAAUAAAUCUUAGAGAAAUAUAUAUUAUAAGAGUUUUAAAAUCCAGUUGGAUUUUUAAGAGCUAGAGCAUGUCAUUUAUUUAAUGAAUAUGGUACUAUUGAAUUCAAAAAUAAACAAAAUAUUUAACUGGCAGUUUAAGGAAUAUCUAAAUGUAUAUUAGAUAAAGAAUUACCUGUUAGAGUGGCUGCAGCUAUAGCAUUUAGUUAAAUUCUUUAACAUAAAGAAGCUUAAGAUUUGAUUAGGCCAUAAUUGAGUUAGGUAUUAGAAAUAUAUAUUAAAUUGAUGGAAUUAAUUGAUAAUGAAAAGAUUGUAAGAUCAUUAGAAGAAAUAGUUAAGAAUUUUACAAAUGAAAUCACUCCUUAUGCUCAUUAAUUAUCUGCUCAUAUAGCUACUAUUUUCUAAAAGUAUUGCAACAAAUAAAAUUAAGGAGAUGGUGAUUCUGAUGAUGAUGGUGAAGCUGAAUUGGCUGCAUCUGGAUGUUUAGAGGCAAUCAAAAGAAUCCUAAAUGCUCCACUCUAAUAAGAAUCUUAUACUUAAUUGGAAUCAGUUAUCUUUCCUAUUAUUAAUUUUGCUUUAACAGAAGCUGGAUGUGACUUCAUUAAUGAGGCUUUAGAGAUUUUGAACAUAAUGCUUUAUAAAAGAAAACAAUUAACUCCAGGUUUAUGGUUCUAUUACCCAGUCUUAUGUUACAUAAUAUUGGGAAUCCCUUAGGAAACAAAUGUUUAUAGUAUAUAAGGUUUAUCAGAGGAUUAAUAUGCAUUGUUAGAAGGAUGUAAAAAAGAUUGGGGAAGUGAAUUCGUUUCCUAAAUGUUGGGAUCCUUUAGAAACUAUAUUUAAAAAGGAGGAGCUACAUUUUUAACUUAAAAUGAUUUCUUUGGCAAUUCAUUUAUUUCUUUGGUCUUUAGAUUCAUAUAAAAAAUUUUUGUUAUAGCUGAUAAUGGAACUGAUGAAACUGAUUAAAAUUAAGUUGCUACUAUUUUAAUAGCAUUAAUAGAAAAUUACCCUAAUCAAAUAGAUAAUCUAAUUCCAUAAAUCAUAGACUUUACUUUACUUAAUUUAUAAGUAAUUAUUAUAAAUAUAUUAUUUAUUAGAAGGAUAAAAAAACAAAUAGAUUCAAAAUUGUCAAUAUUGGAGUUUUAUGCAUGUGUAUCUGGUAUAAUCCUAGUCUAGCUGUUAAUUACUUAAAUAGCAAAGGGUUGACAGAUUAAAUCUUAUAAACUAUGCUCUCAAUGGAAAAAUUCUAUAAAUAUGAAUGGGAUAUUAAUAGAUUAAUUUUUGCUCUUUGUUAAUUAUAUUCCCUACCUCAAAUACCUAAUUAUUUAUUACAAACAUCAGCAGAAAUUGGAAAAAUGUUUGUGAGAUUAUCUACAAAAAUCUUGGAUUUAAGAGAAGAAGAGGAAUCUUGUGAUUAAGAAGAUUAAGCCGAAGAAGAGGAAGAUCUUAAAAAAACUAUAGAAAAAAUUUAAGAUUUAGAAUAAGAUGAUGAUGAAGAAGAUGAGGAUUAUGAUGAAGGUGAUGAUGAAUAUGCUGAACUUUAUGAUAGUCCAAUGGAAGAUUAUGAUGCAAUUUUAUUAAUGGAAAAACUAGUCUUGACUUUGCAAUCUAAUAAUUAAUAAUUAUAUGCUGCCUUAUUUUCUUAAUUAAAUCAAUAAGAAUAAGAAUAAAUGACAAAAAAUAUAAAGGAUGCUAAGGAAUAAUAUGAUGAAUGGCUCAAGUAAAAAUAAUAAAAAAAUAAGUGA